GAAAUACGUACGACAGAUCGAUUAUAGUUGACGGAGAAGAAGCAUCUCUCGUGGUGUUUGAUAUAUGGGAGCAGGAUGACAGCCAAUGGCUUCAGAACCACUGUAUGAAAAUGGGAGAUGCCUAUAUUAUCGUAUAUUCAGUUACAGACAAAGUUAGUUUUGAAAAGGCCUCUGAGCUAAGAAUCCAGCUAAGAAGAGCAAGGCAAACGGAAGACAUUCCUAUUAUUCUUGUGGGCAAUAAAAGCGACCUGGUCAGGUCCCGGGAAGUCUCAGUUGAUGAGGGACGGGCCUGUGCCGUUGUGUUUGACUGCAAAUUCAUUGAGACCUCAGCUGCUCUUCAUCAUAAUGUCAAGGACCUGUUUGAAGGUAUUGUUCGGCAAAUUAGACUUCGCAAGGACAGUAAAGAAGACAAUGCUAGGAGAAUGGCCAACACAAAAAGAAGAGAAAGCAUAGGCAAAAAGGCAAAGCGAUUCCUUGGGAGAAUUGUGGCAAAGAACAAUAAGAAGAUGGCUUUCAAAGCAAAAUCAAAGUCUUGCCAUGACUUAUCUGUGCUUUAGAAGCUUUCAGCAAGGCCAGAUGUUGCAUGUGGGUGAUGAACAAGCAUUUGACUGUUAUGAGAAGUGUAUAGAUGAUACUCGUGGUGAUAACAAGAACGACUUACCGAUUGAGACUCUCCUUAAUGCCUUAAGGUGCGCAAGCAAGUCCGGAAGUUACACUACAAUGUCUGCUUCAUUGAUAAAUGGUUUUAAGUGUCAAUGUGUGCAAGUAAAUGAACUAACUUUAAAUAAGUGGCUUGACACGCCCACAUUUUCACUGUGUACAUAUGUUAUAUAUCCUCUUGUCUGGUGGAUACCAGAGAUGCAAAGAUAAGAAAGGAUGAUGAUAAGUAUCACCAUAGACUUGUCUUGUUUGCAGAGCAAAACUUAAACUUGUACGCAGGCUCGUACACUCUUUUUAGUAUAAAGCAAGCAAUGCUAAAUCUUUUUAAACUUAAAUGUGGGGAGGGGGGAGUAGAACCACAUUAGAAUGGGAGAAAACAAAUUAUAUAUAUAUAUAGUUAAAUAAAGAACAGAUAUCAUUUUAUGAAAUUAAUUUGCACUUCCAUUAACUGUUAUUCAAUUAAUUUGUUACUUGUUUACAUGCAGAUUUUAUAAUAAAGUAUUAUUUCCUGUUAUAA